UCAGUCCGGGCAGCACUUUGCGGGUUCCCUCCAACCCAUGACUUCACGCCACUAAUCUGCUUCCUAUGCACCAGCGAUACGAUUGUGUCGCAGCGUCCCUACACGCUGACCAAGCAUCUGUCGGGAUACAAGCUCUCCCUCUCUCCCCCUCUCUCUCUCCCUCUUUCUCUCGCGCCGUGCUCGUCCCCUGCCGCCCAGGGAGCCAUCACGACGGCGCAUCUCGACGCGUACAUGGAGCUCCCGCUGUCGUCGUGACUGUUCACCCGCCGCCUCUCACCGCCGUUGAAGCUGCCGCAGCGUCCACGCGCCACCGCGCGCUCUCUCCCCCGCAGCCAUGGGCACCGUCCUCUCCAUAUCCCCGGCGACCAAGAAGGCGUCCAUCAUGGACGCCGAGCUCGCCAAAAACGACAAGAGCCUCAAGCGGCACUCGAUGUUCGUCUCCCUCUCCUGGAAGAAGCUGGUGUCCAAUUCGGCCAAGAAGAGUGCCAAGAAAGUGACCCCGAACCCGCUGCCCGCGCGCGACCUCCCGUCCGGCGGCCAGGUGGCUCAGCUCAACAGCGAAAACAGCAGGAAGACGCACCAGACCGAGGAGAGGAAGCCCAAGGCGCCCAUCCCGGUGCCGGUGCCCACGGUGCCCACGCUGAGCAAAGAGGCCCCGGUCCAGAACGGGAGGCUCGUCACGGUCCAGAAGCAGCCCAGCAGCCUGUCUCUGGUGUCACCCAGGCGGAUAGUUAUACAGGCGUCCACCGGGGAGCUGCUGCGCUGCUUGGGGGACUUCUUGUGCCGCAGGUGUUUUAAACUGAAGGAGCUGAGCAGCGCGGAGGUGAUCGUCUGGUUCCGCAACAUCGACCGGACUCUUUUGCUCCAGGGCUGGCAGGACCAAGGCUUCAUCACGCCGGCCAACCUGGUGUUCGUGUACCUGCUGUGCGAGGACACGAUAGCGGACGGCAUCGACAGCCUGGCCGAGCUGCAGGGCACCUUUCAGACCUGCCUGUACCUCGCCUACUCGUACAUGGGCAACGAGAUCUCGUACCCGUACAAGCCGUUCAUGAUGGAGGCGAACCGGGAGGUCUUCUGGGAGACGUCGCUACGGAUCGUCAACAGGCUGAGUGCCAAAAUGCUGCAGCUCAAUGCGGACCCGCACUUUUUCACCGAGGUCUUCCAGGACCUCAAAAACCAACGAGAUACGAGCGAGGCGAACCUGGACCGCUGACCAAAAAGAAAGAAAAAAACACACACACACAAGACCAGUGGGUUUUUUAUUUAAAAAGAUGAAUGUUUUGCAGAAUCACACAACUGUGGUUUUGAAUGUAAGAGGCCGACGUGGAAGGCUCGUCGCGUCUGGGAUGAAUCCCCCCCCCCCCUCUCUCCCUCCAACGAUGUUAGACGACCCCGGAGUGGCGUUUAUAGGCCGCCGCGUAGGAGACUUCAUAUACAUGCAUGCCUAUGGUCCCUUUGUCCUCUUUUGUCUUUUGUCCCCGUUUUCGUGGCACGGAUCACGUCCUACGUGACGCUCAACCCCCACCUUCAUUUAUUCCAUAAUUAGCCUAGGUGUGUACGUGUGUGUGUGUGUGUGUGAGAGAGGUGGAGCUGUCCGGGGUGCUGACCUGUGCGGCCGUUUGUCCUGCUCUGCCUGCUAUUCGAGGCGCCUCGCCACAACACAGCGUGGCUUAAGAGGACCAGAGCAAACCAGGUACACCUUCAGCACAUAAGCCUAAGCCUUGUAAGUACAGGUAUAUACUGCAUAUUGUGCUUUUUUUAGAUUCUCUACCAGCUAGGUAAGCUGUUCAACACGCAGCAGAUGACCCUGUUGCUAUAAAGGGGAGAAAACCCCAUGGACAUCUAUUGGUAUCAGAGGUCUGCUGGUGAUGUGUGUGUCUUCAUACCUGAUUAGAAUGUAACUUAGUCCAGCGUCUGUGAUCAAAACGAGCAAUUUGUCCUGUAAGCCACCUCCAACUGAAUUAGGAUAAGUUCUGUAGGUAACAUUCGAUGGGCCCGGCGGGUCGACGCGUGUCUCCCGUCUGGGACGUGAUGAACUGCACGAUAAAAAAAAGGCCCAUACAGCAAGAUUCUCAAACCCAAGCCACCCGUUGUGUGUUGCUGUUCAAUACGACGCAGAGGCCAACGUUAACUAGAGACCAAAUGGAAUGUACAGAUUGUAAGAGAUUGUUUUAAAAUCUCACACGUGCCAACUAUCCACUACUCCUGGCCUGAAACGUUGUGGUUUACAUAUUCCACAUUUUAGGUGUGCUGUGUAUUUCGUUUUGAAUCUGCCUGUUUUUUUUUUGAGAGGAGGCUGUCCAAGAGCGUAAUGAUCAACUGGUUGUUCGUGGCCUGCUCUGUAAAUGCUCCGUGAGUUCCGCUGGGUUUAAAUCACCCCGAGCGCAGUCAGUUCAGGGAGGAUGUCUCCUCGCGAUGUAAAUAUUGAAUGUGAACGCUUCGCUAUUAAGUGACCCAUCGUUUGCACACGUCAUUGCCGCCGCGUUCUAUGAGCUGAGCGCGAUGUGACUCUUUGAGCUUAUAGGGCGACCUCGACAGUAUUUAUUCAGUAUUAUGCUUGUGAGUGAUCAUUGUGAUGUUGUGCUGUGAGUCCAUUGCUUGGAUAUAAUGCUGCUAUUUUUGCACAGUCGUGAACAAACAUUUGAUGUUUUGCACAGUGGUGUAACAUGAGGGUUGUGUUCCAGUGUCUCCCCGUCAGGCACUGAGGUCUUCUCCGUUCAUUUUGCCGUUAGCAUCAACAGGUUUCGCUCUACAAGGAGCGUGUGUGAACUAGGUGGGUUUUUUCCUCACACUUUUCUUUUGUGUCAAUUAUGGAAAGUGGUAUUUAGAUGUGCCUGUUGUCUGUGGUUGCACCACAGUUUGCAUUCACUAUAUGUUGAUAAAAGGUCAAUGGAGUAAGUGUUUAUGGUGACAAUGAUGAAAUAAAUCCAAAAUCUAUUCAAACGCA